AUGCCGCCGCCACCUCCAUCACUUCCCCCACCAAUGCCUCUUGUCAAUGUGCCACGAGCACCGAUAUUUGAUGCUGAUCUUAUAGCAAAUGCAGCAGCCUCGUUGAAAAGUCGACCAAUUGACGAAUCUCCUACAUCGAGCGAAAAUACAACAGAAACUGCAAAUAUUCCUGCUAUUCUUGCUAAAAGUCUAAGUCGUCCUGGCGGUCCGAAACCGUUUACAUAUACACCAGGUGGUCUUGAUCUUUCAAAAAUACGUGAAUCAGCACGUGUUAGACGUCAUCGUGAAUACACUUCAAAUACUGAAGAACCAAACGAAACACAAGAAUCAGAUCCGAAUAUGAGUCGUCGAAUGAUUGUUCCACCUGAAAACAUAAGUCAACAUCAUUAUGUACCACAAAAUCCAUCUCAACCAUUUAAUCAAGCGCGUCAACAACCGACACCAGCAAAAAAACAUAUACAACACGAUGCAGACGUUGUUACACAAUCGCGUUCAUUUCAAAUGCUUCAAGGGUGGAUUUCGGAUAGUGAAAAAACUGUACCUACUGCAGUUGCACCACCAUCACAAUCGACAUCAGCAGCGACGGCAACAACAACAACAGCGGUGACGAACAAAUCAGCAGUUGCUCGCGCUGUCCUUGAUGAACAAAUGGGUAAUAAUGAUCGUGGCACUAAUUAUAAUAAUACAUCAGGUUUACCUUCACGAUCGUUUCGUUACUUACAAGAACAAUAUAAUACCAGUAAUGGUGAUAAUAAUAAAGAGACAACAGUGGAAGAAACUCCUAUAUCAGCUGAAAGGCUUGGUCUUCGACGUGGUAGUGGUAGUCAUAUGCCAUCACGAGCAUUUAAAAUUUUGCAAGAUCAAUGUGAUUCACAACAAGGACCUAUUAAUCGAAGCGGAGCAGUUAAUAAUAGAGAAGAUUUAAUGGAAAUUUACAAUAAACCACCACCAAGUUUUCGUGAACGUGAGCCAGAAGCUCCACGUUAUACGGGCGCAACAGUCCCAUCCCGUUCGUUUCGUUUUCUUCAAAUGAUGACACAAAAUGAUGAACAGAACGAUUCGAAACCUUUGACGGGUUAUAAUAAACCACAGCAAGUACCUAAUAAAUAUGACGAACAAAAUCUUUCAUUCAGUACAAAUAAAAUUGACACACAUCCAUCACGUUCAUUUAAGUAUUUACAAGAAAUGACAGGUGGACAACAAUCACCAACGACUGUUAUUGAAACUGAAAAACAAACAACUGUAGCAAAUAAUGGACAACAACAAAAGCAACCAUUGAAAAUGAAUAUUGCAAUUAAGCAAUCUCAACCCAUAAUUCAAGUCAAUACAACAAGUUCAAGUAGUCAAGGAAAUAUGAUUGAUAAAUUAUCUGCAGAUAUUGCAGCAACUGAUUUUUAA